AUGGCGACCGGCAUCAACACCAUCCUCACGCCGGAGCAGUUCAACAUCCUCUACCUCAAGGGCACAGAGUAUCCCGGAACGGGUGAAUAUGACAAGUUUUUUGAUGACGGCAUUUAUAAAUGUGCUGGAUGUGGAACUCCCUUAUACAAAUCAUCUACAAAGUUCAACUCAGGGUGUGGCUGGCCUGCAUUCUAUGAGGGACUUCCUGGGGCCAUAAGACAGACGCCGGACCCCGAUGGGAGGCGGACAGAGAUCACAUGUGCUGCCUGUGGAGGACAUUUGGGGCAUAUAUUCAAAGGGGAAGGGUUUAAAACGCCUACCAACGAGCGACAUUGUGUCAACAGCAUUUCUCUCAAGUUCAUUCCAGCCUCAGAGGAAGCUUGACAGCAGAUGAACACCAACGUGAAACCCGACAACAGAAUGAGAGCUUGGCCUUUGUUGGGUGUUUUUACAGUGUAGACAGAUGAAGGUUGUUGUUCUGCCGUUUAUCAUUAUGUUUACUCAUCCUUUAAACGACAUACCAUCUUGUUUAUGAAAGCUUAAUAGAUUUUGUGCAGACAAGCUUGAACGAAGUUUUGCCUGAAUUUUUGUCAUUUCAUUACCCUCCUUUUUCCAUUUGGAAACAAAAAAGGGCAAGUGUAAAUAAAAAAUGUUUCCAACUGAGUCA